AUGAGUCACCACAACUCUCCCACCGAAGUGUCCACUUCAGCGCCAGCGCCUACUACUCCAGCUACUGAUCCGCAACAACUCCCUGAGAUCACCCGGUUCAUCACCACUCACGAUGCCAACGGCACUGCCGUCUUCUCCUCCGCCUUCCCGGACCAAGUAUCCCGAACCACGGUCCCGGGGGCUUUGUUCACGCUCGCCUACGCCACGGACACCUUUCCUUUGGACCUCAACUCCGACCGCGACCUCACGGCCUAUCAGCACUACCUAGAGCAUAGCCCCGGGCUGGCCAUUUCGACAGGCUCCGUAUGUCGCAUCGUGGAUAUUGGACCGGAUGUUGCCAGUGCCAUGCAUCGCACCGUCUCCAUUGACUACGGGGUAGUUUUGGAGGGAGAGGUGGAAUUGAUCCUGGACAGCGGGGAGACUAGACGGCUCAAGAGAGGGGAUCUGGCGAUCCAGCGCGGGACAAACCACGCCUGGAAGAAUGCGACUCGGACGGUAGAUGAGAAUGGACAGGAACGGGCGGGUUGGGCUAGGAUGCUUUACGUGUUGUUGCCGAUCUUACCCCUGCAGGUAGAAGGGGGAGAACAGCUGACGGAAUCGGUCGAUGGAAUGGGUGUUGCUAAGAGUACUUAG